UAAAAAGAAACCUGCCCAGCUGAUUUCUUUAUGUAAUGGAGUUGUGCAAGAUGUGUUUUGGAAUUAGCGUACACAGACCUGGUCUAGGUUCAGUAUAUCAGAACGGUUAAAGAGUGAAUUGACUUACCUGGCUGUUAGAGCUGUGGCCAACAGGUAUUGAGAGGUCAUUCAGUCUGCUUCUGUACUUCAAGGAAUUGCCUAAAUGAAACAUGUCAGGAGUUAGUUUAAUGCAUUCUGAGCUGCAAGUCCCCUCCUGUCUCCUGUGCUCUGUUUCAGUGCUUAAUUAAUGCAAAUUUUUAAGAGCUGGUGUUCAUGGCUUCCAUUUCAGUAUUAUUGAGAAUAAUAUUUUGGCAUCAGCUGUAGUAGGAAACGGAUCACCAUAGCAAAUACAGCUGUUGCUAAUUAAAUGUAUCUGUUAACCUUUAUUCCGCAGGAUAAUUAUUGUAUAGUAUGUUUCUUCCUGUCAUCUGUCUGUAUGAUAGAUGUCCUUUUACCGACUAUACAUAACAUGAGACUAGUUCAGCGUUCAUGUUUUCCUUCACACGAUGUUAAAUGAAAAAAAAAUUCUUUUCUGCUUUAGAAAGCUAUGGAUGUGUCAUACAAAUGGUAUCAAGUAAAUUAAAUUUGUCAGAUAAUGUUUGUUCACUUAAUAGUAAAACAUACAUCACAGUUCUUGGGAAGUAGUGAUGAGCUCCUCAGGGGACCUACUCCAAUGAAAUCUUUCUACUGGGGUGAAGUAAUAGUUCAAAACAAAGAAGGGUGGGAGAAAAGAACAAUCCACACCUGAAAAACAAACCCAGACUUCCUUGCAUUCUACUGGUGUGAAAAGUCUUGUCUAGCAGAGGCUGGAAAUGCUUAAGCACGGAAAACAAGUGUUAACUUUCAUUCCUGUUGCUUAGGAGUUAACUUUUGGUUCUUGCUCAGAGCUGCACAUAUUUUUGUUUUAACAAUUUGUCAUGUUCAUGGAAAAUAAGAGAAAUUAAUGCAAGAGUAAGGGAACUGUAAUUGCUAGCGUUUCAUAACAUCUCACAAGCGUUGCGCUGCUGGUGAAGGAGAGAUAACGAGGGUUCAAGUGAAGAUCUGUUUCUAAGUAAGUGUAUGGGUUGCAGAACUUGCCUUUUUGUGCUCAGGUUAUUCCCUGUGGUGUGGCCACUGUUAAACCUGCUGACUUGGCUAAAGAUCCUGUUCCUACCUGCAACAGGAAAAUACCCAUCAAUCCUUCCAGAAGCUGCCACCCACCGCACAGCCAGUUUCUCCUGCUCCUGUCCUAGUCGCUGCCUGUGCUUCAGGACUACAGUAAGAUGCAUGCAUCUGAUGUUGGAAACCAUCCCUGAUAUCCCACCCCAGACAAACAUACUAGAUUUACGCUUCAACCACAUCAAGGAGGUACAACCUGGAGCCUUCAGAAGACUGAAGAACCUCAACACGCUGCUGCUGAACAAUAAUCAGAUAAAACAAAUUGUGAGAAGAUCCUUUGAAGAUCUGGAGAACCUAAAAUACCUCUACCUUUACAAAAAUGAAAUUCAGAGCAUCCAGCAACAUGCCUUCGACGGGCUCCGUUCUCUGGAACAGCUCUACCUGCAUUUCAACAACCUGGAAAGUCUGGAGCCGGAGACUUUUAGUGACCUGCCUAAACUUGAAAGGCUAUUCUUGCACAACAACAAGAUUUCCAGGAUUCAUCCAGGGACAUUCUCUCAACUGGAAUCCCUCAAACGGCUGCGGCUGGACUCCAAUGCCUUGCUUUGCGACUGUGACUUGAUGUGGCUGGCGGAGCUGCUGAAGAAAUACGCUGAGCAGGGCAGUAUCCAGACAGCCGCCACCUGCGAGGCUCCUCGGGAGCUGCACGGACGCUCUAUUGUCACCCUGACCACCCAGGAGUUUAACUGCGAGAGGCCUCGUAUAACCUCAGAACCCCACGACGUCGAUGUCCUCUUGGGAAACACGGUUUAUUUCACCUGCAGGGCAGAAGGCAACCCAAAGCCUGCGAUUAUUUGGCUGCACAACAAUAAUGAGAUUGACAUGAAAGAUGACAACCGCCUGAACCUGUUGCAAGAUGGUACCUUGAUGAUCCAGAAUACCAAGGAGUCAGACAAAGGCAUCUACCAGUGCAUGGCCAAGAACAUAGCAGGAGAGGCCAAGACACAAGAAGUUGUGCUGCGCUAUUUUGGCACCCCAUCCAAGCCCACUUUUGUGAUCCAGCCGCAGAACACUGAAGUGCUGAUUGGGGAAAGCGUCACCUUGGAGUGUGGGGUCUCUGGGCAUCCCCACCCUCGCAUCAGCUGGACCCUUGGCACAGGCUCUCCUUUACCGCAGGAUUCCCGUUUCGCUAUCACCAGCUCUGGGGGGCUCUUCAUUCAUAAUGUCACCUUCUCGGACCAGGGCCAGUACAACUGCAAUGCCAGCAACACCGAAGGGUCCAUCCAGGCGACAGCAAGGAUCAUAGUGCAAGAUUCUCCCAGGUUUCUCGUCAUUCCCACCGAUCAGACUGUAACUGAGGGACAAAGCGUGGAUUUCCCCUGCUCUGCUGAGGGUCACCCUCCACCUGUGAUUGCCUGGACGAGGGCAGGUGGGCCACUGCCAAGUGACCGGAGGCACAGCAUCCUCUCCACGGGCACCCUGCGGGUAAUGCGGGUAGCUUUGCAUGACCAAGGCCAAUACGAAUGCCAUGCCAUCAGUGCCAUCGGAGUGAGGACCCUCCCGGUACAGCUGUCGGUGACCCCACGAGUGAUACCGGUGUUCCUUCACCCCCCCCAAGACGUGGUGGCAGAGACAGGCCAGGACGUUGCAAUCACCUGCGCUGCCCAGGGAGAUCCACGGCCCACCAUAACCUGGGUCAAAGAGGGCAUCCAGAUCACAGAGAGUGGCAAGUUCCACAUAAGCCAAGACGGGACCCUUUCCAUCCAAGACCUUGGCGUGGCUGACCAGGGCAGAUACGAGUGCAUCGCAAGAAACCCCUUUGGCUUCACCUCCAGCGCCAUGCAGCUCACCAUCACCGCCACGGACGUCGGUCGGAGCGGCGACACGUUUGUAGCCACAUCGAUACGGGAAGCCAUCAGCAGCGUGGACCACGCCAUCAAUUCAACACGCACGGAGCUGUUCAGCAAACGCCCCAAGACACCCAACGACUUGCUGGCUCUGUUCCGUUACCCCCGGGACCCCUACACCAUUGAAACAGCCAGGGCAGGGGAGAUCUUUGAAAGGACCUUGCAGCUGAUUCAGGAACAUGUGCAACAAGGUCUGAUCGUGGAUAUGAAUGUCACAGGCUAUCGGUACAACGACUUGGUGUCCCCUCACUACCUGAACAUGAUUGCCAACCUGUCAGGCUGCUCUGCCCACCGCCGUACACCGAACUGCUCAGAUAUCUGCUUCCACAAGAAGUACAGGACCCACGACGGCUCUUGCAACAACCUCCAGCACCCGAUGUGGGGUGCAUCCCUCACAGCCUUCCAGAGGCUCCUCAAACCUGCCUACCAGAACGGAUUUAACCUCCCCCGGGGGUUUUCCUUAGCAGAAGAUGCCAGGGACCUGCCCCUUCCUCUACCUCGCCUUGUUUCCACCGCCAUGGUCGGGACUGAGACCAUCACCCCCGAUGACCAGUUCACACACAUGCUCAUGCAGUGGGGCCAGUUUCUGGACCACGACAUGGACCAGACAGUGGCAGCCAUUAGCAUGUCCCGCUUCUCCGAUGGAGCACCCUGCAGCGAGGUGUGCAGCAACGACCCACCCUGCUUCUCCGUCAUGGUCCCUGCCAAUGACCCCCGUGUGAGGAACGGGCGCUGCAUGUUCUUUGUCCGCUCAAGCCCUGUGUGUGGCAGUGGGAUGACCUCCCUGCUGAUGAACUCCGUCUACGCCAGGGAGCAGAUCAACCACUUGACAUCUUACAUUGAUGCCUCCAAUGUUUACGGCAGCACAGAGCAGGAAUCACAGGAGCUGCGGGAUCUGAGCAACCAAAACGGGCUGCUGAAGCAAGGGCAAGUCGUGCCCAGCUCGGGGAAGCAUCUCCUUCCCUUUGCUGUGGGGCCACCCACUGAGUGCAUGAGAGAUGAGAACGAGAGCCCCGUGCCGUGCUUCCUGGCUGGGGACCACCGUGCCAACGAGCAGCUGGGUCUCACGGCCAUGCACACGCUGUGGUUCAGGGAGCACAACCGCAUUGCCACUGAGCUGUCGGCCCUCAAUCCCCACUGGGAUGGAGACCUCCUGUAUCACGAGGCGCGGAAGAUUGUGGGUGCCCAGAUGCAGCAUAUCACCUAUGCCCAGUGGCUCCCCAAGGUCCUUGGGGAAGCUGGGAUGAAGAUGCUGGGUGAGUACAAAGGCUACAACCCCAACAUCAAUGCGGGGAUUCUCAACGCCUUUGCCACUGCUGCCUUCCGCUUCGGGCACACCUUGAUCAACCCCAUCCUGUACCGGCUGAACGAAACCUUCCAGCCCAUCCGCCAAGGCCACAUCCCCCUGCACAAGGCCUUCUUCUCCCCUUUCAGGAUCACGCAGGAGGGUGGGAUUGACCCCCUCCUCCGUGGGCUCUUUGGGGUUCCUGGAAAAAUGCGGGUCCCCUCUGAACUCCUCAACAUGGAGCUGACUGAGAAACUCUUCUCCAUGGCACACUCUGUCUCACUGGACUUGGCUGCUAUCAACAUCCAGAGAGGGCGAGACCAUGGCAUCCCACCUUACAAUGACUUCAGGGUCUUCUGCAACCUCUCAUCUGCACAGGAGUUUGAGGACCUCAGAAAUGAGAUAAAGAACCUGGAGAUCAGGGAAAAGCUCAGGAGUUUAUAUGGAACUACCAAAAAUAUUGACCUGUUUCCAGCACUGAUGGUGGAGGAUCUCGUCCCUGGUACCAGAGUUGGACCAACGCUGAUGUGCCUGUUAACGACACAGUUCAGAAGGCUGAGGGAUGGAGACAGAUUUUGGUAUGAGAAUCCUGGCGUCUUCACGCCCGCACAGCUGACGCAGAUCAGACAGACAUCCCUCGCUCGUGUCAUCUGUGACAACAGUGACCACAUCCAGCAGCUCCAGAGAGAUGUCUUCAGGGUGGCAUCGUACCUGCAGGGCAUGGUUGGCUGCGAAGAGAUUCCUGCGGUGGACCUUCGCUUGUGGCAGGACUGUUGUGAGGACUGCCAGACACGCGGGCAAUUCAGGGCUCUUUCUCAGCGGUUCCGGAGCAAGAGAUCACCUGGCUUCAGCUACCCAGAGGAAAAACCUGCCAAGCAUAAGGCUGCCUUCCCCAGAAAUGAGGCGCCUUCUCCAAGCCCUUCCUCCAGAAAGAAUCUCGAGUCCCUUGUGGCUGAACUGGAGAGGACAGUUGCUUCCCUACGGAAACAGGUAUAUUGUGCCCAACCGUUUGUCUUCCAUGGAGUCACCCCAGGAGCAGGAUUUAGCUUUUUGCUACGAGCAGCUGCUGCGACUUCUGUGUCCUCCAGAGCCAUGAGCAACCAUCCGAUCAGUGGCAGGUCCAGAAGAGGUAGAGUAGGGAGAGAAGAGCUGGAGCUGAGCUCUGUGAGCUCAGACCUCUACCACUGUAGGGUAAAGUGCAAGUCUGAGCUUCAGUGAAGGCAACUUGAGCCAGCACUUUCUUCUUGUAUUUGGGACAGGUAAAAGAUUACCUGUGCAAUGGUGCAGACUCGUCUUAGAGCUGCUGCUUUCUUGUC